CUUUUCACAGAUUGUCCCUUUCAAAUUAUCUGUGGGUCUGCUGAUGGCUGAUAUGGCCUAUUCUGGAGCCACAGACUCUGCCACAUUACAGACGUGUUUCCGAGCAGGACGGGUGAACCUGGGGUAUUGGUUCGGGCUAGCGCAGACUCUUUCUGUUGCUUCCAUACUACCUACACACUCAUAUUCAGACACACACAGGAACGUUCUCUCUCCAACCCCAGCUGGACUGCUGUAGAAAGCACAAUUUGUCUUGCCUUGCUGUAGAAACGGACCAUUUAGACUUAAAGACAAUCUGCAAAGGGUUUUAAAAGAAAGAGGCUAGUGGUUUGUUUGUUUGUUUAUUACAUAUAAAGAAAGCAUGAUAUUUAAGGGUUCCCCCCCCACCGGCUUUUUAAUUAGCUUAGAAAUAUCAGGAAUGUCAAGUUUGCUCUUUCCGGAUAUUUCUGGAGGACCUUGGGAAUGAUGAUGAUGAUGAUUUAUUUAUUUACCACUUACAUUGUGAUAACACCCACAGGACAACCAGGUUGAGGCCUCAUAGUAUUAGGUGCUGUAGAAUACCUUAAAUGAAGAGGUGAGGCUGUUGAAUCAUUAACAAAGGCUUUAUUUAUCCAGAAUGUUAAUUAGCCAUUUGAGUUAAAUAGGUGCUAGCAAAAAUGUACAAAAACCAAAGCGUUUUAAAGAGUGUGACUAAAAACCCAUUCCCAAUGUUCCCUGUCUUGGCUCUUGUGCCAGCACGUCACUAGUUCUCCAGUCUGCAAACCUUCCAUCCCAGUCAGGGCCUGAAUUUCUAAUGUAAAAUAAAAGCAGGGAAACAACCCUUAAAAUAGUAACGCAUAUGCCCGAUUAAUCUUCUUGGCUGAGCAUUCUUUUCCUUGUGCCAAAAUGCAAUUUCCAGAUGAUGGUUUGAGUAUCUCAUGGGAAGAUCUCAAAGAAAACCAUUUCCGAGCUAAUUGUGCCUUUGUUAUCCCUGGCAUCACUUUGGAAAAGCACUAAUGCUAAUGACACUCACGUUCUCCUUUUCACAAGGGAGUUUUCACCCUUCCAGGAGUGAUAGUUACUUCUCACUUCAACAAAAUAUCCCACAAUCCCACUUCUAUGUGAGCUGGUGUGUGUGUGUGUGUGUGUUCAUCAGGAGAAUGUGUCAGAAAUCCCUGGUGUAUAUUGGAGAGAGAUUUUUAAAGCUUGAUUUGGUUUGAAAUGAUCCUGAGCUCUGAUUACAUUGUCAUCAAGUGCCCAGGAAACAACAUGUGUUAACACAGCAAAUAAAGGGCGAGAUUGUUGUGCUUUUACUUACCUGAGUGAGCAACAAGUCAUGUCCCAUGGAAGCCAAGGAGAGUACUCGCGUGUGUAAGUGCUCACCAACAUGAAUAAGGGCUUCAGAGUCUGGGGCAAAUGAAUCCAGCUGCUCAUAACUAGCGGUGGGUGAAACACCUGGAAUAAUAAUAAAGCAGAUGGUGGUACCUGGGGUCUAUCUAUUUUCAUCAUCUCUUUUCACCCAGUCCAGAGCUGUUUAUCCAAAGCUCGCUGAACUCUGGGAUUCAGAUAAUGUGGGACUCAGCUUUGGUUUUGCUCAGCCUGACUAAGGUUUGGCACACUUAAAACCAGCCUUGAUUUUGCCCAUAGUUCAGAACAGGGAGCUCCUAACUAAUGUUUAAACUCAGAACCUUCACAGUCCAUUGUCAGUGCUUCCUGUCAUCCUGCAAACAUGCCAGCCAUGUGUUUUCUUAAUUCGUUCCAGUGAUUUGCUAACCUCCCAGCCAGAGGUGUACAGUGUGUGUUCUCUUUGCAUGACGCUGCAUGUUUAUUCACAGCAUUGUGCGAUUGGCUGCAAUGCAUUUUAAUUCUGUGCAUUGUUCUCUGGGGCUGGUGAUGCCGUUGCAUUGUGCUGAGUUUUUAAGAGUGUGAACAGCACUGCUGAUGUGACUGAGCGGGGGCCUACUUUCAGCUGGACCUGGAUGAAACUAAAUGGUUCAGUCUUCCUGUGACCCACAUGCACGGCAAGACAGGCAUAUUGAAAGAGAUGGAGUUAGUGUAACUAAAACAUUGAAAAACGAUGCAAGAUUCACCCAGUUCCCUGGCAAUGGAUGGAUACUCCAGUAAUGUGCCAGCAUUCCUGACUAAACUGUGGACACUGGUGGAAGAUCCUGAAACAAACCAUCUAAUUUGCUGGAGCACUAAUGGCACCAGCUUCCACGUUUUCGAUCAAGGUCAGUUUGCCAAGGAGGUGCUGCCUAAGUAUUUCAAACACAACAACAUGGCCAGCUUCGUCCGGCAGCUGAACAUGUAUGGCUUCAGGAAAGUGGUCAAUAUAGAGCAGGGUGGCCUUGUCAAGCCUGAACGGGAUGACACCGAGUUCCAGCAUCUUUAUUUCCUACAAGGCCACGAACACCUCUUGGAACACAUCAAAAGGAAGGUAUCUAUUGUGAAAAGUGAGGAAACGAAGAUGCGCCAGGAGGAUCUCAGCAGGUUGCUCUAUGAAGUCCAGAUUCUGAGAAAUCAGCAGGAGAACAUGGAGUGUCAAAUGCAGGACAUGAAGCAACAAAAUGAAGUCCUGUGGCGGGAAGUUGUAUCUCUCAGGCAGAAUCAUUCUCAGCAACAGAAAGUGAUCAACAAGCUGAUUCAGUUUCUGUUCGGCCAGCUCCAAUCAAACCCCAGCAGCGCUGGGAUAAAGAGAAAACUACCUCUGAUGUUAGAUGAUGGAAGCUCAGCACCACAAGUGUCCAAGUUCAACCGACAUUUGUCUGUGGACCCUCUUCAUGAUUCCUAUUUCAUUCAGUCGCCAUCUACAGAACCUGCCUCGUGCUUAACCAGUCCUGCUAUUGCUGGAGGGCCAGUCAUAUCGGAUGUUACUGAAGCAUCACCACCGAAUGUCGUGUCGCUUCAAUCUCCUCCAGAGGGUGAUAGGGAAAAAUGCCACAUGCUGAUCAAGGAAGAACCAGUUAGCCCUGGAGUGAAAGCCACAUCUGAGCCAGAUGUCUCUCUGCCUGGCUGUACUGCCUGUGCUGAACCCCCUGUGUUACCAGUUGCAAUGGUUCAGUCUGUUUUAGAAGGCAAAGGGAGCUGCGGGGCGCCCCAGUCUGCAAGUUCACAGCAACCCGAAAGAAGAGGCAGAAGGGCACCUCUAGACAGAACAGAAAUUUCUGACCCAAUGGAUGGCACUGAUUUGAGUUUAGAAGGCCUGCAGCUGCUGCUGAGGAGCCAGCAAUAUAAUCUGGAACCUGCCAGCAUUUUGGAUGUCUUUAAUCCAAAUCUUUCAGUGAGUGAGUGGAAUCUGACUGACAUGGAAGCCAAUUUUUCACCGAUGCAGCAACUCACAGUGGAUCUGGAGAAGAAUGUAAAUGAGCUGUCUCCCAAAGUGUUAAAUCCUCACUUUAACACCACCUGCUCAGGGAAAGAUGUCAUUCUUGAAUGCACCCAGCAGUUUCCCAUUGAGCGUGAAGCAGGCUUUGGGAGCAACAUUGUAAACCUACCUGAAAGUUCAGCUCUUUAUAUUCCAUCUGAAAAUAUGGCUUCCUAUCUAUCCUCUGUGGGUCUCCAAGGAGAUAUUCCAUUAAACCUGAACUCUCCAACUGAAAGUAACUAGUGAUCUAUUUAGCUUUACAAGAAAUUGUGCCUUUUACUCCCUUUCAAAACAUCUACAGUUUUGAAUGUAAAGAAACAACAGUGACUUAGAAACACAUGAAAGAGUGAUUGUUGCUUUUUUUUGAAUUGAUGGAAAACUCAGCCACCAUAACUGUUUGCACUGCCCAAUGUUUUUCAAUGUUUACCCAGGACAAAUUUUACAAUGGGCAGUCUUCUUCCAAGAAACAAACUGCAAUCGUUGCUCACUCCGUGGGGCGCAAGGGUUUGUUAUUUCCUUUACUCACAAAAGCAGUACAUUUUCUUAAUUUUUUAUACUCUGUA